CUUUUUCAGCGCAUUGUCCACGAGGUAAGUCGCUCGAAUCUGCUUUGCGAAUGUAAAUUAUCAUUUUUGUUUCUUUACCUCGUCAUGUAUCCCUCUCCUUGCUUGUUAUUUUGAUAAAUCAUCUGUAGAAUUGUGUUCUAAUCGUUGUUUAUUUCUCUCUUUUGUAGGGUCUAUCCUCAAUCGUUGUAAACAUGGGGGCAUACAGAUACGUCCAGGAGCUGUACCGCAAGAAGCAGAGCGAUGUGAUGCGCUACCUGCUGCGUAUUCGCGUUUGGCAGUACCGCCAAAUGACCAGAUUCCACCGUGCACCUCGUCCGUCCCGUCCGGACAAGGCCCGCCGCCUGGGAUACAAGGCCAAGCAGGGCUACUCCAUCUUCCGCAUUCGUGUCCGCCGUGGUGGUCGCAAACGCCCGGUCCCCAAGGGUUGCACGUACGGCAAACCGAAGAGCCAUGGUGUGAACCAGCUCAAGCCGUACCGCUGCUUGCAGUCCGUUGCUGAGGAACGUGUUGGUCGUCGUCUGGGAGGUCUGCGUGUACUGAACUCGUACUGGGUGGCUCAGGAUGCUGCCCACAAGUACUACGAGGUCAUCAUGGUCGACCCGUCUCACAACGCCAUCCGUCGUGACGCAAACGUGAACUGGGUUUGUAACGCCGUGCACAAGCAUCGUGAGCUUCGUGGUCUCACCUCCGCUGGAAAGAGCUCGCGCGGUCUGGGCAAGGGCUACCGCUACUCCCAGACCAUCGGAGGAUCGCGUCGUGCCUGCUGGCGUCGCCGCAACCGCCUGCACAUGCGACGAUACCGUUAAGGUGAAUCACAUUUGUUUGUGGCAAGUUCGGUGGAUAAUUGGAAGGCAAUUUGUAUUUUCAAUCCACGCAAUAAAAACCCUCUGUUGGUAAUAAUCCAAAUGA